AUAGGUGCAACUGUGUGUGUGAUGUUUUUCUACAUCAGAAACGGAUUUCACAACAGCUCCAUCUUAGAUCCUAGCAGACAUGAAGAAGCUCUGUGCUUUCACGAUUUCAUUGUUGUUUCUGAAGUUUUCUCUCAUCUUGUGCUGUUGGAGUGAACCAAGUUGCUUUUGGAGGAUAAAGAAUAGUGAUGAUAAUGACGGAGAUUUGCAAAGGGAAUGUCAUUUUUACCUUGGGGCAGCUGAUACACCAGUUGAAGAUAAUUUUUAUAGUUCACUUUUAAAAUUUAGAAUUGCAGCAAGUGAAUAUGAGUUUCUUCUCGUAAUGUUUUUUGCUAUCGAUGAGAUCAACAGGAAUCCUUAUCUUUUACCCAACAUAACUUUGAUGUUCUCCUUCAUUGGUGGAAACUGUCAGGAUUUAUUGAGAGUUAUGGACCAAGCAUAUACACAAAUAAAUGGACAUAUGAAUUUUGUUAAUUAUUUCUGUUAUUUAGAUGAUUCAUGUGCCAUAGGUCUUACAGGACCAUCAUGGAAAACUUCCUUAAAACUGGCAAUGCACUCUUCGAUGCCACUGGUUUUCUUUGGACCAUUUAAUCCUAACCUACGCGACCAUGACCGGCUGCCCCAUGUCCAUCAGGUAGCCCCCAAGGACACACAUUUGUCCCAUGGCAUGGUCUCCUUGAUGUUUCACUUUAGAUGGACUUGGAUAGGAAUGGUCAUCUCAGAUGAUGACCAGGGUAUUCAGUUUCUCUCAGAUUUAAGAGAAGAAAGCCAAAGGCAUGGGAUCUGUUUAGCUUUUGUUAAUAUGAUCCCAGAAAACAUGCAGAUAUACAUGACAAGGGCUACAAUAUAUGAUCAACAAAUUAUGACAUCUUCAGCAAAGGUUGUUAUCAUUUAUGGUGAAAUGAACUCUACUCUAGAAGUAAGCUUUAGAAGAUGGGAAGAGUUAGGUGCUCGGAGAAUCUGGAUCACAACCUCACAAUGGGAUGUCAUCACAAAUAAAAAAGACUUCACCCUUAAUCUCUUCCAUGGGACUAUCACUUUUGCACACCACAGAGUUGAGAUUCCUAAAUUAAAUAAAUUCAUGCAAACAAUGAACACUGCCAAAUACCCAGUAGAUAUUUCUCAUACUAUAUUGGAGUGGAAUUAUUUUAAUUGUUCAAUAUCUAAGAACAGCAUUAGAAUGCAUCAUAUUACAUUCAACAACACCUUGGAAUGGACAUCACUGCACAACUAUGAUAUGGCGAUGAGUGAUGAAGGUUACAGUUUAUAUAAUGCUGUUUAUGCUGUGGCCCACACCUACCAUGAAUACAUUUUUCAACAAGUAGAGUCUCAGAAAAAGGCAAAACCCAAAAGAUAUUUCACUGCUUGUCAGCAGAUAUGGAACAGUGUGUGAGGUGUCCAGAUGAUAAGUAUGCCAACAUAGAGCAAACCCACUGCCUCUCAAGAGCUGUAUCAUUUCUGGCUUAUGAAGAUCCAUUGGGGAUGGCUCUAGGCUGCAUGGCACUGUCCUUCUCGGCCAUCACAAUUCUAGUCCUCGUCACAUUUGUGAAACACAACGAUACUCCCAUUGUGAAGGCCAAUAACCGCAUUCUCAGCUACAUCCUGCUCAUCUCUCUCGUCUUCUGCUUUCUCUGCUCCCUGCUCUUCAUUGGACCUCCCGACCAGGUCACCUGCAUCUUGCAGCAGACCACAUUUGGAGUAUUUUUCACUGUGUCUGUUUCUACAGUGUUGGCCAAAACAAUAACUGUGGUCAUGGCUUUCAAGCUCACUACUCCAGGAAGAAGGAUGAGAGGGAUGAUGAUGACAGGGGCACCUAAGUUGGUCAUUCCCAUUUGUACCCUGAUCCAACUUGUUCUCUGUGGAAUCUGGUUGGUCACAUCUCCUCCCUUUAUUGACAGAGAUAUACAAUCUGAGCAUGGGAAGAUUGUCAUUCUUUGCAAUAAAGGCUCAGUCAUUGCCUUCCACGUCGUCCUGGGAUACUUGGGCUCCUUGGCUCUGGGGAGCUUCACUUUGGCUUUCUUGGCUAGGAACCUUCCUGACACAUUCAAUGAAGCCAAGUUCCUAACUUUCAGCAUGCUGGUGUUCUGCAGUGUCUGGAUCACCUUCCUCCCUGUCUACCACAGCACCAGGGGGAGGGUCAUGGUGGUUGUGGAGGUUUUCUCCAUCUUGGCUUCUAGUGCAGGGUUGCUAAUGUGUAUCUUUGUCCCAAAGUGUUAUGUUAUUUUAAUUAGACCAGAUUCAAAUAUUAUAAAGAAACAUAAAGGUAAAGUGCUUAAUUGAAACUUUCAUGGUAUGAAAAUGUUAGAUGAUAUUCAACUUAUCUUAUUCUUCAUCUUAAUAAAAGCAGUACUUCAUCAUAUAAAAAAUAAAGUAAUAUACAGAUUUAUACUUACAAACUGGACAGCAAACAUGAAUAUGUUGAGAACUGGGAUUCUCAAUUGAGGAAUGGCUACCAACAUUUUGAUCUGUGGUUUUGUGUUUAAGCCAUGCACUUAAUUAAUGAUUAACAUGAGGUUACCCUACUGUCUGUGAACAGCGCCACCUCUAGGCAUGCUGUCCUUGAGUUAUAAGAAAGGGUACUGCAUACACAAUGGACAUGAAGCCAGUAAUCAACAUUAUUCCACUUGCUUUCAUGGAGUUCUUACUUCCAAGUUCAUGCCUUGACUUUAUUCAAUGUUCUAUGACAAAGGUAGAUAAAUAAAUAAACACUUUCCUCACA